GUAGUGUUCAACAACACAGAAUCUUUAUCUACCGAUCCAUCUCGAAACCUUAGGACCCAAAACAACCAGAUAUGGAGAAGUACCCGACAGGUUUCAGGUUCUAUCCAACUGAGGAAGAGCUCAUUUCGUUCUAUUUGCAUAACCAACUUGGUGGCCUUAAGCAAGAUGAGCUUCACCGUGUCAUCCCUGUCCUCGACAUUUUCAACACUGAGCCAUGGAAUCUCCCACAGCUUGCGGGAGAGCUGUGCAGAGAAGAAAGAGAGCAGUGGUUCUUCUUCGCGCCCCUGCAGGAGAGGGAGGCGAGAGGAGGGCGGCCCAGCCGGAGCAUGGCCACCGGCUACUGGAAAGCCACCGGGUCUCUCGGCUACAUCUACUCGUCGGACAACAAAGUGAUCGGCGUGAAGAAGUCAAUGAUUUUCUACAUGGGAAAAACUCCCACAGGAAGAAAGACUCACUGGAAAUUGAACGAGUACAGGGCCAUUGAACUCUCGCCGACCAAUCUCGAUUCUACGAGCAGUAAUAUUUCCAUCCCUAAGCUAAGGCGUGAAUUCGCAUUGUGCCGAGUGUAUGUGGUGUCCGGGAGGUCUCGAGCAUUUGAUCGUCGGCAACUGGAAGCGGUGUCUAGAGAGACAACAAUCCAAGGUAGCGACAACACUGCUAGCAGCGAAGGCGGGCACGAAGGUGGUGGAUGUGCAGAUGCAUCAUCAUCAGAAGCAGUAGCGGCCAAUGCAGGAAGUUCGCAUCAAUGGGAGAUGGCAAGUUUGGAAGACCCAAUUUGGGAUUGGGAGCAACUGGAUUGGCUCUAA